AUGCUAGACGGAAUGCCUGAUGCUAUGGACAGUGAGCUUCGAAGCGUCGUUGAAUGUUUGAUGCGAUUCCUCGAUGACCCUAUCUUUGCUCAGAAGCGAAAGACUCUUGGCCGUCCCCCGGAUGAAGCACUCGGUGCCGAUGAAAAGGGUCGAAUCUUCAAAAUCUCUCCCAUCAUUUCAGGUCUUGCACUGUUUCACUUCAGAGCCCGACUGCACAAGAUUGGUCUUGAAAUGAUCAACGAGACGGGAGCAACCACUAUUUGCGCGCACCCGAGCAACGCUGCGUUUGAAGAAGGUUACUUCAUACCCCAUCCCGACAUCCAGUUCGCGAUCAAAUACUUGGGGGAGAACUCGUUCUUCGUCGGAGGUUUGCCGACCAAGAGACAAGACUACCUCAAACGCUUUUUGAUGCAGUGUGGUUUCCCUGCGGUGACUUUUGCUGGGCAUGGGAGAAGGGGAGCAAAGGAAAAGCGCAUGAUGUAUGACUUUGUCCGCCACCGCAACCAGCGUCGCAUCAUCAAGGCCAAUACUCCCAUCUCGAGUAUCUUUGUUGACAGAUAUGUCAACAACUCUUCGCGAAUCAACCUGGAGCCUAAUGAUAUCGGACGGAUUAUGUCUGAGGCCAGGUCAAGCUUCAAAGGACCUUGGCGAGACUACAAGAAAGUGGCAAAGCCUGAAAAGGGCAAGGCCGGCUCUUCAAGUGAAAGCUCCGAAGAGGAACAAGCCAAGCCCACAGCCCUGCUCAUGUCCCUCGUUUUCUGGCUCCAUGCAGAGGCGAUGGAUAUGGCAUUCCCUUACUUUGCCUUGGAAAGCACAUGCUGGGUAGUUCUGAGGGGAGUCAAUGAAAUUUGCGCCCCUCACAUGAUGGAUAUCUUUGACAAGAGUCCACGGGAGAACUACAAGCAGACGUGGGCUGGGAUGGCAGAGCUGGUUGGCGACAUUCUCCUGGCCGCACAAUGGAAUGAACCGAUGGGCGAGACAUUGUUUCGUCUCUCGGGCCGUGCCCUCGCCAUAAGGUUGAUCGAGACCACGCCCACGCCCCUCUUCAGGGAAAUGAUGGAUGUGGUGCCGCUGUUUCGGCGUGAGAAUGUCCAGCGUCUCGCCCAAGGCGGAUAG